AUGAAGCAUCAGUCUAUCUCUCGAUGGCUGAGCCAGCUGGGAUUGCCAGAAUACUGCCCAGCGCUGGAGCAGGAAUAUGACGGUGUGGAGGACCUGCUCCACCUCUCGGAGUAUGACCUCUUGGAGCUUGGAGUCCACAAUCACCUUCACCGCCUGCACCUUCUCACUUCUCUACGCCUCCUCCAGGAGCGAGAGAGGAGGAGAGACUUGAGGAUGAUGGCAGAGGGGCGUUUUGCCAGUCUUCCCAGGUCCCUCCAUGCACACCACACCCUGGCAGGAGGCCCUGCACACCCUGGAGUCCCCUCCAAUCCCCUCCAAAGCACCUGCUCCUCCAGAGGGCUCCAGGCCUCCCUUUCCUCCUCCAUGGACCUCCUCGGCUCCAGACCUGGAGUCCCUCCAGGGCCGGGCAGCAGCCUAUCACAGCUGUCCACUUCUACCUACCAGCCAGUCUCCAUUCACGGAACUCUGCCUCGACGCAAGAGAGGCGGGGCUAACCUCAACCAUGACAACGCUACGUGGGACCCCAGAGCCAAUCACAUGCAACAGAUACCUUGGGGCAAAGCAUCACUGGUCCCUGGACACGCCCAUCAACCCAUGACCUCUCCGCUGGUCCAAAAUAUCAUUGACGACUGUCAUGGUUACAGGGAGCCUGCUGCCGGCCUGGACGCCACGGUGGACUAUGUGAAGUUCUCCAGAGAUCAGUUCAUCGUGGACUGCCCCUCAGAGAAGCUACGCAAAGAGCUGGAGGAAGAGCUGAAGAUGAACUGCGAGGAGCCGAGGAGCCACGCUUGGUACCACGGAGCCAUUCCCAGACAGGUCGCAGAAUACUUGGUUCAGCGUGACGGAGACUUUCUGAUCCGUGAUUCGCUGUCCAGUCCAGGAUGUUACGUUCUGACCUGCCAGUGGCGAAACGCCGCCCAGCACUUUAAAAUCAACAAGAAGGUGGUGAUGCUGAACGAAGCCUACUCCAGAGUCGAGUACCGGCUGGAGAGGGAAGGGUUCGACAACGUCCCCGCGCUCAUACGAUACUAUGUCGGCAACAGAAAGUCGGUCUCCCAGGUGGUGGGGGCCAUCAUCUUCCAGCCGAUCAACAGGGGGCUGCCGCUCCGCUGCUUGGAGGAAAAGUACGGCCUGUCCAGCCACCGCCGGGACGCGCUCAUGGCGCAGGAGAGGCGCAGCCGGAAGCGCCUCAGCCUCAACGUCACCAACGGACACGCGCAGGACGACGCGCGAGGCGCGCAGAACGGCGCGCGAGGCCGGGGCGACGGCGGGAGCCCAAGCAGCCAGCUCAGGUUCAAGGAUCGCUGUGGCAGCCAACCAGCGAGUCUCAAUCAGGUGCCCGAGAGGCGACGGCCGCUCCAGGCGCACCAGUCAGAAAGCUACCUGCCUCUCGGAUCCAAACCACAGCGCUCCCCUGAUCCUCUCCUCCCGAGCCCGAGCCCCAAGUCUCCUGUCUUCCGGACGGGCAGUGAGCCGGUGCUGAGCCCCUCGGUCCCUCGGAGACCUGCGGAGCUUCUGGCAGGCCAGGCCAUCCGGGGCUCCGACAGCCAGCUGUGUCCCAAACCGCCCCCCAAACCCAGCAAGGUGCCGCUGGCUCGGCUGCGUCGCUCCCCCUGCCUUCAGCCUCCGGCUCCUCCCCCCGGCGCCCCCGGCCUCACACACGCGACCUCCGGGUCAAAUGCACCUGCGCUCGCCUCCGCCUGCGUGCAGACUCUCGCUUCGCCACGGAGCAGUGAAGCCAGCGCAGGCCCUCCUGUCCCUCCAGUCAAACCCCUCAAGUUCCUCCAUCAGCUCCGCCCCGAAGACACUCGCGGAUUCUCCACUUCUGCACUUUCACCCACCGAAAAUGUUCGCGGUUCUGAAUCAGAAGAAAACGCAGGACGGACUGAUCGGCUGCAGCCGAGCCCGUCGGACCUGAGGUCUCGCAGCCCGCUCGAGUGGCGGGGAUCUAAUCCCCUUCAUCCCGCCACAGAUGUGGAAACGCUGCCCCCACUCUGCAGCCACGUGGAGCGACUGAGGAGAGAAGGGGAGGCAGGGAGAGAGGAGGAGGAGGAGGAGGAGGCGGCUGGAGGGAGUAAAGGACUGGACAGAAGCUCUUACCAUCACGCCAUCGCGGCCUUAGAAAACACCAGCGAGGAAGAGGGGGAGGAGGAGGAGGAGGAGGAGGAGGAAGGGGAGGACGGGGAGGACAAGAGGAGCCGCUUCCAGCGGCCGGUGGAAGAGACGGAGUCGGCGUUCCAGCCGGCGCAGUUCGGGUCUCGACUUCUGCCGCCGGAGAACAAGCCGCUGGAGACUGUGGUCCUGAAGAGAGCCAAGGAGCUGCUGCUCAGCCACGAUCACCACAGCAUCGCCCGACACCUGCUGCUGGCCGACUGCCAGGUUGCGAGGACAGUCGGAGUGACUCCAGAGGUUAAAGGUCAGAUGGGCGUGUCAUCUGGUCUGGAGCUGGUGACGCUUCCGCACGGUCGGCAGCUGAGGCUGGACCUGAUGGAAAGGCACCACACCAUGGCGAUAGGCGUUGCCGUGGACAUUCUGGGUUGCACGGGCAGCGUGGACGAGCGUGCGUCCACCUUAAAUCGCAUUAUUCUGGUGGCGUUGGAGCUGAAGGACGCGGUGGGCGACCUGUUCGCUUUCACGGCCUUGAUGAAAGCUUUGGACCUGCCGCAGAUCAGCCGCUUGGAGGAAACGUGGACGACUCUACGAAGGACCUACACGCAGACCGCCAUCAGCUACGAGAAGACUCUCAAACCCUUCUACAAGAAUCUGUAUGAGGGCACAGCUUCCUCCCCUGCGGUGGUCUGCGUCCCCCUCCUGCUGCCCCUCCUCACUUUGAUGGAGCGUCCGUCGAUCACGCCCGAGGGGGCGGAGCUGUGGGAGACCAGCGACCAGGGCUGUGACAUCAUGCUGCGCCACCUGGAAGACGCACGCGACGUCGCGCACAACGCACAGCGCUACACCAUCAACUCCCAGAUGAUCUUAGAAGGGUUCCCGUGCGAUGAAGACCUGUUGGAGGUGUUUAAAACGGACUUCCAGCUGCGGCUGCUUUGGGGAAGCCGCGGAGCGUCGGUCAACCAAUCAGAUCGCUACAACAAAUUCAACCUCAUCCUAACCGCGUUGUCACGGAAACUGGAGCCCCCGCCCAACACACAGAUCGUAAUCUGACGUCAUCCGCUCGCAUUGGACUUGGGUAGAACGUCAGAUGGGUCGGAAACAAUCCUUCAAUAAACUGUAACGAGGUGCGGCGUUUUAGUGACGGGACGACCUGCUUCAAAAUCAAACUUCUCAGCAACCAGCUGUCCACAAUCUUCCCUUUUCUCCAAAUGCCUGUUUGGUUCCGGACUUCAGAACUAUUUCAUUUUUUCACAUUCAUUCUCCUCUGCAGUCGAACAUCUUUCCAGAGCUCAAAAGCAUCGACGUCCAGCAGAACUUAACACAAUGAAAGUUUAUUUAGAAUGCACAUUACGCACAAUUAACAGCUUAUGUAUAACAUUAGACAACUAUGAGGCGUCAGGUGGAAAAACACCAAAUGUGAAUGAAACCAGAUUUUACUUUACUCAAGUAUGCAGUAUCUACAGUUCAAUAAAUUAUUAUAUGUUUUGGUGGCAUAAAUCCUCCAAAUAAAUGGUGAACAGUACUUUGUCAGUUAAACCAACAAUGAACUUUGUGAAGGAAGUGAAGUAUUUGUGUGAGAACAGAGCAGACGAGAGGCUUAAAGGGAGACAAUUACAAAUGUUGCUUUUCCUUUAAAAGGCACGUGAUUUGUUUGUACUCUGACAUUCCAGUUAAUGGAGAACACAGUUCUACAUUUAGAGUAAUAAUGGAAAACACACUUUAGCUCUAUAUGUCUGACGAGAACAUUAGAAACUAAAUGUAAGGAUAUACCGUAAUGUACUUUGUAUUUAUUCCGGGUAAUUAAGCAUUGCGAUACAAACUAAAAGAGUUUGGUUACAGUAUGUAAACUGAAAUCCACCUUCAACACCGUGACGUGUAUUAAAAUGUACAAUGUCCACAAGGUGUUUUUUCCCAAAACAUCAGAUGACAAAGACGAACUCAAGUAAACUUUUUUUAUUUUGUGUAAAUGUGAUAAUGAUAUUUGGGUUUAUGCAUAAACCUGAAAUGACAAAAAGUUGGUUAACAUGUGUGGGACUAAAAUUGUACAUAUAUAUAAUAUUAGCAUGUUAAUACUGGACUGUACAUAUUUUCUGUAGAUGACUGACUGAAAAAAAUAGAAGUUAGUGAUUUUAUUAUUUUUAACUACUGUUGUGAGAAUGAAUAAAUAUGGUGCAGUCUGA